GCUGGCCAAUCACUGGGGCGGGGCGGAGCAGGACGGGGCCCUUAGGAAUGGAAGUGUGAGUCUGGGCCUCGCAGAUUAUUACCGACGGUCCCCUCCGGCGGCUUCAUGUCGCGCAGCGGAACGGAUCCUGAGCUGCGCCAGCAGGCGGAGGAGGCGGACGGCCCGGCGGCAACCUUCCGGGCGAGUGAGCAUCAGCACAUCCGCUACAACCCGCUGCAGGAUGAAUGGGUGCUGGUGUCAGCUCACCGCAUGAAACGGCCUUGGCAAGGACAAGUGGAGCCCCAGCUUCUGAAGACAGUGCCCCGCCAUGACCCCCUCAACCCUCUGUGCCCUGGGGCCACACGAGCCAAUGGUGAGGUGAAUCCCUACUACGAGGGCACUUUCCUGUUCCACAAUGACUUCCCAGCUCUGCAGCCUGAUGCCCCGGAUCCAGGACCCAGUGAUCACCCCCUUUUUCGAGCUGAGGCUGCCCGAGGAGUUUGUAAGGUCAUGUGCUUCCACCCCUGGUCGGAUGUGACUCUGCCACUCAUGUCAGUCCCUGAGAUCCGAGCUGUCGUCGAUGCAUGGGCCUCAGUCACAGAGGAGCUGGGUGCCCAGUACCCUUGGGUGCAGAUCUUUGAAAACAAAGGAGCCAUGAUGGGCUGUUCCAACCCUCACCCCCAUUGCCAGGUGUGGGCCAGCAGUUUCCUGCCAGAUAUUGCCCAGCGUGAGGAGCGGACCCAGCAGGCUUACCAGAGUCAGCAUGGAGAGCCUCUGCUAUUGGAAUAUGGCCGCCAGGAGCUUCUCCGGAAGGAACGUCUGGUCCUAACCAGUGAGCACUGGUUAGUGCUGGUCCCUUUCUGGGCAGUCUGGCCUUUCCAGACACUACUGCUGCCCCGAAGGCAUGUGCGACGGCUGCCUGAGCUGACCUCUGCUGAACGUGAUGAUCUCGCCUCCAUCAUGAAGAAGCUCUUGACCAAGUAUGACAAUCUGUUUGAGACAUCCUUUCCCUACUCCAUGGGCUGGCAUGGGGCUCCCACAGCGUCGGAGGCUGGGACCAACUGGGACCAUUGGCAGCUGCACGCUCAUUACUACCCGCCGCUCCUGCGCUCUGCUACAGUCCGGAAAUUCAUGGUUGGCUAUGAAAUGCUUGCCCAGGCUCAGCGGGACCUUACUCCUGAGCAGGCUGCUGAAAGACUAAGAGCACUUCCUGAGAUACAUUACAGCCUGGGGCCGAAAGACUUGGAGGCAGCAGCCAUCAGCUGACCUUGCUGACGACAGUACCUUGACUUCUUUUGCCCGAGAGAACUGGGGCCUGGAGUUUGGAUAGACGUGUCAUCAAUAAAACUGCUUUCUCAAACUUUA